AUGCAACCAGCGCCUACUGCCGUGUCUCAACAUACGCCCCCCAUUGACUCAUACCCAGUCAUUAUCAGUCCCACCCAGCAUGGACAUGACCUCGACGACGCUCAAGUCUCUGAUUUCCUCGAGCGAGAGGAGAUCAGAGACUCUGCAGACGUCCCGAGCAUGUCAACAAAAGACGAAUCUGAUGCGUCCUUGAACGAGGUCGACGGUCGCCAUGCCCCGCCCUCGGCCGAUCGAGUGAGCCAGCAUGAGAAUGCUCGGACUCCCCCCAGACAGGCAGCAAAUGCCGGAUCUUUGUUAGUGGCUUCUUUUGGAGAGUCGCAAACAUCUCUUGAGACAUUUCCAAAUGAGGUUCUCACCCAUAUCCUAUCGCAUCUACCACCCCAAUCCUUGUCCGCCAUCACGUUGGUGUCCCGUCGAUUUCAUGCGCUAGUUACCACUCCUCAUGCUUGGAGAAUCGCCUUCUCGCGAUUCUUCCCAGGGCCCCAUGCCGUUGAAGGUGGUCGGCGUACCAAUACCGAUGCGGCAGACCUACAGUCGGACAGGCGAUUCUUCGCGAGGCUAACCGCCCUGGCCUCCUGGCGCAGCGAAUACAUCUUGCGCACCCGCUUGAUGCACUCGUUAGCCCGGGGCAAACCGGCGCAGUUCAACCCGUCCAAGAAGCAUGGAACUGUACGCACGGCUAGCGCUCGCCAUGGUAGUGCUAUAGCUACGUAUACAUCACAGCUCCUCUUUCCGGUCAGUCACAUGCAUGCCUCUUUCAGGCCCGACAAGAACCCUCUUUUCAUCCAUGGAGCCGCAGAGCAAGGAAUUGCGUCUGCCAGUGACCCAUCGACCGUAAAAGUCGGCACCUGGGGUGUCUCCGACCACCAAAUGUUCCGCCACUUUGCAGAUAUGUUCCCUGGUGAAGCGCAAUAUGGCCUCGGAUCGGGUGAUAUGGUCGGUAUGCCCAACUUGAUGGACCUCAGUCAACCAUAUGGCAUGAUCUAUGGGGAAGGCUGUCCCCAGGGGCGCAGCUACUUCAUCUCGGCAACGGAGCAGCGUGGUCGUUUCUUGGGAGCUUCGGGUUUGGGCUCUCACCCACCACUCGGCAUCCCCGCCGUGAACAUGAUCACUCAUGCUGUCUGUUCGGUGUGGAUUGCCAAAUCCUCUCACAUCCUCAAGAUGACCCAGGGGCUGGUAGGGAUGCUGUCUGGGUCGUCUUCGGGUGUGUUGACGGCGUAUUCUAUAGGCCCUCAUCCGACUUACGAAAGGCGACACGAGCCAGGUCAAGUGACUGCUAGAUGGGUUCUGUGCCCUGGUGUUCCUAUUAUUGGCAUCGCGGUGGACGAUCAAUAUUCACUGAAACGCUAUUCAGGGAAACGAAUUUGGGCUGUUGCUCUCAAUGCUCUAGGAGAAAUAUUCUACCUCACUGAGCUUCCUCAGGCACCUGAGAUCCCGCUCACAACCAAACUUAACGCCGAGCAACUUGACGAGGCGGCUUGGAAGACUGGUAGAAGUGUGCAUUGGGAAAUUAUCGAAGCGAGUAGACGUGUGGCACGCCCAGAUCCUUUUAAUCGGGAAUUGGUUGAUGGCAGCUACAGUCCGCGAUCAUCAUCGGAUUCCAUGGGGCUCAACGAGCACCAAAUUGCCGCUGAAACGAAAGAGAUUGAAAAUUUCUUAUCUUUCAAGCCCAAACACUUCCGUAAGGUCUGUGAAAGUUGGGAUAUGCAGCGCGAUCUUAAGGUCGACUUUGCUGGCGAUGAUGGGUGCGGGGCAGGCGAGUCGGUCAUUAUCAUCGCUCGUGGCUCGGGCGAGGAUACAAAGGCAUCAAUCCGGCGGUUCACGCGCACGGCUUCUAUGUCUGAUUUCAGCUCGGCCACCCCGGAGCCCUUAUUGGGGACACCGGAAGCUCCGCCGUCACUCUUCGGCGGCCCAGUGAACAUACCAAGUUCGAGUGUCACCAGCAGUAUUCCCCCUUCUCGAUCCCCCGAAGGGAUGGGCUCACAUUCAUCCAAGUUUGAAUGGCGUCUGUCGGAUUUUGUUUUUGGUGAUCGCAAAUCUACGGAAGUGAGCACGAGUGCAUUGGAUACGUCCACUUUCACGACUCUCACAGCCGAUGAGGAUCCUCUUUUAGCUAUGUCUGGGAGCUCCACUUCGUCUGCAACAUCCUCCCCGAUGCUACCACAUAUGGAUCAGCCGCGGUCGGGCCUGGAGGUUCCUGGACAACGCGCUCGAUACUUGGCUGUUGGAACCUGCACUGGGAUGGUGUACGUCUGGGAUAUCCGAGCUCCGGCGGCGAAGUCUGCGGAGAUCAUCAAUUCCAUAUCCUCAUUGCGCAUCAUCCAAACAGACUCGCCCCAGGUAUCUUCCUUGGCCAUCACGUCCUUGUACCUUGUUCAUGGCGGUAAUGAUGGACUCGUGCAAGCCUGGGAUCCAUUAGCAUCGUCUACCAAGCCAAUUCGGACUAUCAACUCCCGUUUCUCAACCCGGGCCCGUCGUCGGCUUGUGCAGGCUGAGGCAUCUAUUCUAGGUGUUGGAAACAAUUACUAUGCCACAGGCGCUAUCUGCCUUGAUACAGACCCAACCGUUCUGCGUGGAAUGGUCUCACUUGGCACCCACUUGCGAUACUGGUCUUACAGUUCUUCCGAGGCGGAUCAGUACAAGAGCAGCAAGCGCCGCCUCCGCCACCUAAUGCGUGGUGGCAACGGUGCCGGUGAAGGCCAGCGCUUCAACAAUAGUGGCCGGGGUGCCAUUGAGGACUUCAUUGAAGAUGAACGUGUGGAUAUGGAGCGUCAAAAGAUUGCCGAUGAGAAAGAACGGGCACAUUUGAGCGCGCGUUUCGGUAUUGAUCUCCUUGGACCAGACAUCGACGAGGAACAGCUUUUGCUGUAUGCCCAACUCCUGAGCGAGGAGGCCUGCUCUGGCGAUGCGGCGAAGCCCACAGACAGCGCCCCAAUCUCCAGCUCAGCCACAAGCACUUCAUUCGACACUGUUGGUCCUAGUUCACUUGGCCCUGGCGACAUCUCAUCCUCUUCAUCUCCUUAUCAAGAUCCCACCGACGAUAAUGAUGACGACGAACUUGCCGAGGCAAUUCGUCUUAGCUUGCUUGACGAGCAAGGUGUUGACCAAACAUCGUCUAUCCCUAUCAAGUAUGCCAAGGGAGUAUACCCGCCUCGACAGCCAUCGCCUGGAGCUGAGGAGGCCGAAGGCAGUAGACAGCAAGAGAUGGAUGAUCUGGAGUUUGCGAUUCAGCUCAGCUUGGCUGAGGGCAAGAGUCGCGAGGAUGAUGAGGAGGAAUGGGAGGAAUUCCCAUGUCUCGCGCCGGUGCCAAUACCUGCCUCACCGUCAGGCAAGGGCAAGGGCAAAGCGAGAGCUGUUUAG